AUAUUCUACUGACCUUGCUGCAGGACAUGGACAGCCUACACAUUUACCAUAAUUCCUCACAAUGGUAUUGAAGUAUCAGCAUUUUAAUACAGUUUCCUAUGGUGAAGAUGAAACUCAUUAUUUCGAAACUUUUGGAAACAGUAUAGUGUACUAUUUUCUUAAUUUGUUUAUGGUACAUUGUAUAUUAUAUUGUCUUAUCACGUGUGAUAUUCCCCUCUUUAAAUCGUCUAGACUCAAGACCUGCAUUCAAACCGCAGUUCGGUGGGAUCUGCACUGUGGCAAACAUACGGUUUCCCCUUUUAUCUUCAGCAACCGUGCUCAGGGAUUUGACAUUUCAUCCGCGCGGUCUAGCUCUCGGCUCGAAUUGGACAGUGGAAGCAACAGAAGCAAGUUGACCUAACAAGAUUCAGAGAAGAGGAUUUGGGAAGACCAGAUUUCCAAAAUGCCCGUGGCAUCAGCCAGCUCAGACUCUGCUAUGCAGCAGGUUCUGGACACUCUGAGUGACAGCACCAGCUCCACCAUAGCCAAUGACCUGGACCUCAUCUUCCUCAAGGGCAUCAUGGAGAGUCCUGUGUUCCCGUCUCCCUGCUACCCGCAGGCCCAUGAGAGACUGGAGGAGCCCAAGCUGGAGGCAGUGAGUGAAAACAACAUGGAGCUGGUGCAGGACAUCCUGAAGGAGCUCACUCCCCUCACGCACAGGAGCAAGGCCGCAGACGAACUGGCACGCAUAUUGAAGGAGCCACACUUCCAGUCUCUCAUGGAAACCCAUGAUUCGGUGGCCUCCAAGACCUUUGAGACUCCUCCUCCCAGCCCCUGUUCCUUCAUGGACGCUGCCUUCAACAACCAGCCCGUGCCCCCAGACGCAGUCAGGAUGGUGGGCAUCCGCAAGGUGUCUGGAGAGCACCUGGGUGUGACAUUUCGGGUGGAGAGUGGAGAGCUGGUGAUCGCCCGCAUCCUUCACGGCGGGAUGAUCGACCAGCAGGGCCUCCUCUACGUGGGUGAUAUUAUCAAGGAGGUGAAUGCAAAAGAGGUGGGCAAUGACCCCAAGGUGCUCCAGCAGAUGCUGAAGGAGGCCAGCGGCAGCGUGGUGCUCAAGAUCCUCCCCAGCUACCAGGAGCCUCACACCCCACGCCAGGCAUAUGUGAAGUGUCACUUUGACUACGACCCGUCCCAUGACAACCUAAUCCCCUGUAAGGAGGCAGGCCUGGGCUUCAGCAGUGGAGACAUUCUGCAGAUCUUCAACCAGGAGGACCUCAACUGGUGGCAGGCAUGUCACCUGGAGGGGGGCAGUGCAGGCCUCAUCCCCAGCCAGCUCUUGGAGGAGAAGAGGAAGGCUUUCGUCAAGAGAGAUCUGGAGCUGGUUACAACAGGUCCUCUUUGUUCUGGAAUGGGUGGGAAGAAGAAAAAAAAGAUGAUGUAUCUAACGACCAAAAAUGCAGAGUUUGAUCGGCACGAGCUGAGGAUCUACGAGGAGGUGGCCAAGGUUUCCCCUUUCCGUCGGAAGACGUUGGUUCUGAUUGGAGCACAGGGAGUGGGCCGCCGUAGUCUGAAGAACAAACUGUUGGUGUCAGACCCCAUGCGCUAUGGGACCACCAUCCCCUUUACCUCGAGGAAACCCAAGCUGGAUGAGAAGGAUGGACAGAUGUACUCGUUCAUGACUCGCAGUGAGAUGGAUUUGGACAUUAAGAACGGGCGCUUCCUGGAGCACGGCGAGUACGACGGGAACCUCUAUGGCACCAAAAUCAACUCCAUCCACGAGGUGGUGGAUGCUGGCAAGAUCUGCAUCCUGGAUGUCAACCCACAGGCACUUAAGGUCCUGCGGACGUCAGAGUUCCUUCCCUACGUGGUGUUUAUUGAGGCUCCAGAUUAUGAGGUCCUCAAAGCCAUGAAUAAGUCUGCCAAAGAAGCCGGCGUGAUGACCAAACAGUUAACGGACUCAGAGCUGAAGAGGACAGUGGAUGAGAGCGAGAGGAUCCAGCGGGCCUACGGACAUUACUUUGACCUGAACAUCAUCAACGACAGCCUGGAGGGGGCCUUCUGCGGCCUGAAGACGGCGCUGGAGAGACUGGGCUCAGAGCAGCAGUGGGUUCCUGUCAGCUGGGUCUUCUAAAGGCCAAUCAGAGGUCAGAGCUAGAGGUCAGGAUGUCAUCUGGAGGUCAUGAGGAGGUCGGAAGAGGCGUCAAAGGUCUGAGGAGUUGGUACAGGCUGCAGGUAGAGCGGUACCAUUCAGGAGAGAGUAAAUUGCAAAGGGGUAGAGCUUCCCUCCACAGCUUGUGAUGCUAUUGGUUGGAGGUCUGUUGUAAAGGGCCAAUCCCGAUGUUCCAGUGCAAGGGGUCUGCCUCAUGGUAGACUUUUGCACAAAUUAUAGUUCCUCUGCAGACAUGAUGUCAAACUGCAAUUUUUGUAAAAACAAAAAACAAAAAAGAUGUUAAAAAUAAAUGAAUAACAAAAUAUAUGUUGGUAUUUGUUGAGGAGGCUUUAGAGGUGAUUUGACGUACAGUGCGUAGCGUGUGAGUGACAGUAUAUUAUAUAUGUUGAAGUAGGCUUAUAUAUUUUGCAAAUACUGUGCUGGCGGUCUUGGAGUAUAACGAAUAUUGUUAUACUACCAGGAGUUCACUGAAAAUGUUUAGCCUUCCCAAAUCUUUAAAAAACUAUGUAGUGCAAUGUUUACAUUGAAUGUUUCGUUUUGUGGCCGAUUUAAAGAAUACAAAGGUACCAACUGUCACACUAUUCUUUAUAUAAAAUUCGGUUUAUUUUGUCAUAUGAGCGUACGAUUGUAGAUAAUUGACAGCUGUCCUGAUGUUACUGUACUUAAUCUUAUUUAUGUUCUCUUUGUUGAAAAAAAGAAAGCAUAGCAAUACAUGAUCUGAGACGAAUACACAAAUGCACGCAUGAAUGCAUACGCAUACGCACUCACACAAAGACAUACACACAGCAAUCAACAAUGCAUACACAUCAAUAUGCUCUAUUUUCUCACUCUGAGAAUUGAAUAUUUGAAUGUCAUCUUUCAUUUCUUUGUUCUUUGUUACCAUGUUUUUAUCUAUUUUCUUUGUUUUUUAAUCAGUUUAUUGUGUGAGAUGUUGGAAUUUAGGCCCCUAAGAAAUGUUUUAGAUUAUUUAAACUAUGUUUAAUUGAAACUGUGUAAUUGUUUGAUUACUGUACACACAGUUUACUUAAUGUGGACUAUCACUUACAGUGUCUGACUCUUUCUGGGUAGAAAGUUUGUUUUGAUGGACAUAUUUAGUUUAUUUUCAAUGUUGAUUAUACAGGUUAUAUAUAUAUAUAUAUAUAUAUAUAUAAUAAGUGGCUUCCAACAUGCUUACUUUGCCUUAACAUGGUACAGAGGCCAAGGAUAUACUGUACACUAGUUAUAGGUUGAAUUGUUAUCUAUUUUUCACAUGCUACAGCAUGAUUACUGUAUGUUAUCCCUCUCCCUAAGAUAAAAAAAAAAAUAAUAAUGUAUAAUUCCAGUGAUUUAAUCUCAGAAUUUCGUAAAUAUUGUACUGUAACAAAGGUUAUAUAUAAAGAAACACUUUAGUGCUCUGGGUUACUAUACUACUGUGUUGAGGUAGUGGGGCAGCUACACAAGAUUGUAAUUCUGAUGUUCAUAGAAAAAUAUUAAAGAUGAAAAAUCUUGUAGAACAUUGACUCGUCCUCAUGGUUUAAGGUAGAUUUUCUUCUAAAUGUGCUUCCUUGUGUUACAAAUGGAGGUUAGUUAAGGUUAGUUAGUAGUUAGGUGUACAGGUAGGCUGAAUCCCAAACCAGCCCCUUCCCCUCACUCCUCGGCUCUCCAUUUGGGCGUUCACGUACACCUCCGCCAUAUGCACAAGUGUCCCAAAGCUGAGGGAGUGAAAAUAAUUGAGGGUGUAGGUGCUAAUUAGAACCUCCGAUAGCCACUUCGACCAAACCAGCAAGGCUGGAGACUCCAGGCGAAGUGAUAUCCCAACAUGCACUGCAAUGUGUUUGGAGUUUGCGUAAUUUCAUUCAAAAGAAUGGAGAGGCGUGCCUAAUUAUAUGUCACGUGCAUUUGUUUGUGUCUGAUUUCGAGGCUUGACACAUGUAACAAAUGAAAUUCCACCCAAAUUAAAUAUUUAACUGUUACUGAGGUUUACAUCUUGUAAAAGUACAGGGGGGAUAUGUUCAUUUGAAUUUCAUGCUUGUUUUAUUAUUUAAAUAUGGAGCAUGAAUUGCAUCAUUCAAGUCACCAGUGUGUCCCAAGGUUUAUGGGUUUAUUUGAUCCGCUUGCCACUCUGGAAGUCAACCUUUGAGUUUCGUCAGUGAACAAGGUACAAGGGAGGGCCCACCGAGCGAGUAGGUAGGGGCGAGGGGCUGGUUUGGGACACUGCACUUCCACACUCCAUCUCUAGGUGGCAGCAGUAACCGGGUCAGGUGCUGACCUCUUCCAGGAAGCCUUGAUAAGUGAUGAUUCCACAGGUGUGUGUGUGUGUUUGGCAAUCAGUAGCUAUCUAUUUACCGCCACAAACCGAUGCUGGCACUAAGACCGCACUCAAUGAGCUGUAUAGGGCCAUAAGCAAACAAGAAAAUACACAUCCAAAGGAGGCGCUUCUCGUGGCCGGUGAUUUUAAUGCAGGGAAACUGAAAUCCGUUUUACCUCAUUUUUACCAGCAUGUCACCUGUGCAACUAGAGGAAACAAAACUCUAAAUCACCAUUACUCCAACACACAAACGCAUACAAGGCUCUCCCUCGCACCUCAUUUGGCAAAUCUGACCAUAA